AUGUUUGCCUCAUCGGAGAAAAAACGUGGUCGUGUUGAAGAUCCAACUUUUAAGUUCCUUGUUCCUCUUCAAAUAGCUGCAGAGCGUGAGAUUGCGAGGUCUUUAAUUGGAGAUCCAAAGUUUGGCUGGGGUUUUGGAUUUAAAGAAUUUGCACGGCCAGCUAUUAUAGCUGAAGCUAUCUCUGCACUCAAAGUAAUGGGACCAAUCUUUUUUCUUGCCUUCUCCAUGUUUGGCUUUGUUCUCCAGCUCGGUUCUCUUGUUACGGAGAAAGAGCUAAAACUUCGUCAGGCCAUGACAAUGAUGGGAGUUUUUGAUACAGCUUAUUGGUUAUCAUGGCUCACAUGGGAAGGACUCCUUACAUUUGUAUCAUCACUCUUCUUAGUCCUCUUUGGAAUGAUGUUCCGAUUCGCCUUUUUCUUGAAAAACAGUUUUUUUGUUGUCUUCCUACUUUUCUUACUUUUUCAGUUUAAUAUGAUUGGCCUAGCGUUCGUGCUAUCAUCUUUCAUUAGCAAAUCAUCUUCAGCUACAACAGUUGGUUUCCUUGUGUUUCUCAUUGGCUUUAUCACACAGAUUGUAUCAGCUACUGGAUUCCCUUACUCCAACGCUUAUCCUGCUUCUCGCCGGGCGAUUUGGUCACUCUUCCCACCCAACACUUUUUCUGCGGGACUUAAGCUUCUUCUUGAUGCAACUUCAACUCCAGCAAGUUCUGGAAUUAGCUGGAGUGAAAGAGCUGUAUGUGAAGGGGGCAUGUCAACUUGUGAUAUUAUCUACCAGUGGCAAGUUGGGACAUUCCUUUUCUGGUUUGUUCUCGCCAUCUACUUUGACAAUAUCAUUCCCAACGCGUCCGGUGUAAGAAAACCCAUCUUCUAUUUUUUAACACCUGGUUACUGGACUGGUAAAGGAGGCAAUAAAGUGGAAGGUAUUGUCUCCUCAUAG